AGCGCGGAAUCUGGUGGUACGGGAUAUUCAUGCUUUAUCUUUCGUCAUCAGUUCUGCUCCUUGAUAACGAGUAAGCAAGGAAAGUGCUAAAGACAAAUGCCGACAUUCGGUUUACUUGACGAUGAUGACGAUGAUGAAUAUAUCGGUCACGAAGAUCUGCAAUUCAAGCGAUACGCUUUCCCAAGUGUUCAGCCGCUAGACAGAGUCUUGUCAGCAGCCCUCCAUACUACAUUGUCAAGGUUGUUCCGUGAAAAGAGCCAAUCACCCGAGAAAAAGGAUUUACAUGGCGGAUACUCGUUCAGCAAGAAGCCAGAUUUUUCAUCGCCAUCAAGCAAUAUCAUCGAAACAAGAUCGUUGGAGCGCGGAAGUUCUCCAGAGGAGAUUGCACAAUACUACAUUGAAAGAGCCCGAAAGCAUUCUGAAGAAGAGCCCAAAGAAAGGGUCGUGGUCAUAUCAAACAUCAGGUUUCCGAAGAAAUUACCUGUGGUUGCUGCUGAAGAUCGUAUUCAAGAAGACCACAGAGCGGAAAUUAAUGUAGAUCAUCAUGUUAAAGUUGUUGAACCGACAACAGUUGGCAAUGCUGUUACAUCGCCUAAUGCAGCGACCUCGAAGCUACCAAAUUCUUUGGAGGAGUGCUAUCCACGUGAACUGAAAUUAGCGGAGGGCUGUGAUAAAGCUAAGAAAAUGAUGGAAGAGAAUAAGGAGCAGAAAAGUAUACGGGUGCUCACGAAGCGUACGAUUAUCGAGAAAGUAACUGUGGAGUCCAAACGAACAGCGAAUGAGGAGGGGAUUCGAGCUGUUGCCGAAUUUUUCAUCAAAUUGUUUACUGGGACGCAAGUUAUUGGAUAUGGCGACAAGAACUUACAACUUCCUCGUGGUGGACCUAUCCUCUAUGCUUAUAUCGUCACGAUCGAGUCAUAUAUGGGUAUUGUGGAACGAGACCCGCUCUUGGCUGACGUGAUAAGUCAAAUACUAAUCGAAAUCUGUGAGGGGAUCCCAGAUUUCGAGUCACUUCUUCUGGGAAAACUUCUCCGUUCUUCACAGUUGCUGAGUUUGAACGAGGAGAAAUGCCUCGCAUUUACCGAGCAGUUAGCCACUGCCGACGAUAUACGGUCUCUGCUUGAUCCUGAAACUACCGCCAUUAAAUUGUUUAUCCACCUUCAUAUUGUAGGAUUAUCUACUAAAAAGAUCUCCCAUUUCAACGCUGAGUCGCUCUGGAGGGUGUUGUCGUUGUUAACAAAAGCAAAAGUGAGACCAUUCGCAACCGCUGCUAUCUUGCUUGAACUUGUGGAGACCGGCAGCGAUCAUUUACUGCGACUUUACCAGAAAAGAUGGUCAGAAAUUUUUAAAGAGAUGGCUUCUGUUCUUGCUCCUGGUAUUCAAGCUGCUGUCAAUGAAAGCGAAGUAAGAAAAAAUGCUGGCGAAGAUAUCAUACUAUCAAGUUUACGGCAUGCAAUAUCACGCCAUUCUCCAAAUGCUUUAGUUAAUUAGUUUAUUGUACAUAAAAUGAUAACUAUGUUUUAUGAUCAUGUGAUUUGACAUUUAUUUGUAACCUCAGGAAUCAGAUUUAUUCACAUUUUAAUACUGUAACAUAAAUCUUCCAUAAAAA